AUGCGCGCUGCCUCCCACCGUCACGUGCCCCACCAGCGCUCCUGCGCAAACCCCCUGCUGGAAAACGGCGGGGAAGCCGGAGCCUUCGGAGGGAAAGUGGCGGGAAUCCCCGGAGGAGGCGUCCACGGAGGAGGCGGCGGCCGCAGUUUGAAUUUUAGAAGGCAGGCCAAAUCUUCGAAGAUGAAUGAAGACUUGCUGGCCACUGUGAAAAAGCUGCAGAAAGAGGGAAGCCUGGAGCCUCAGAUCAAGGACCUGAUUAACCGUAUUAAUGAGCUACAGCAAGCAAAGCAGACAUCCAACAAGGAACUAGGAGAGGGCCAAACUCUCCAGGAGAUCCUGCUUCAACAGCUAGACUCCUUGAAUGGAGAGGAAGCACACCUGGAGGAGGUCUUGAGAAAGAAACAAGAGGCACUGAAGAUCCUGCAAGAUCACUGGCACAAAAAGAAAAGCAAGGCUCAGUGGUUGGAUAUGGGAGAGCAGCUGGAGGAUCUGAUGUACCAGCACAAGGACCUCUGGGAGUUACAGAUGCUGGAACAGCGGCUGACCCAGGAGAUACAGGCCCUGGAGAGAAGCCUGGAGCACCUGCUGGCUGAGAGUGAGGCGGGCGCGGGGUGUGGUAUGGGCGUGGCCCGCGCUCCAGGGGGCGGAUGGGCGUGUUCAUCUCGGGAGAACGGGGUUGGAUGUUGUCAGAGCUCGGGGGCGUGGUCUGAGCUCUAG